UCCGCGCGCGCGCGUGAAAGGAAGGAGCUGGGGUGCUUUGAUGAGGUAAGGUGGUAGUGGUAGGUAGGUAGGCAGCGACGGCGCGGCGUGGCAGUUGGGCGCACAUACUCUUUUGUCUCGUCUCGAGUAGAGUGGAGUGCUGUGUGUGUACCUGCUCGACUCGUACUCGAGAGUACCUUAGAGACAGGUACGAAUAGUGCUGCGGCGACACGGCUGGCAGCCUGGCACGCUCUCUUGCACCUGCCCUUCGUUUCCCAUCAUCAUGCCCGGCCGUCCGUCCGUCCUACCGUCCAUCGUCCGGCCCGCUGCUGCAGGCUCCCAUCCCCUCCCAUCCCAUCCCGUCUACCACCUCCAUCAUCACAACCACCCACAAAACACAAAACAACCGCGGCACCGGCCGCCUGCUCCACGAGUACUCCGCCGCGCCUGCCACCACCUACUGCGAAGCGAAGCGCAUACUCCUGCCUUGCUUGGCAUACAUGACACAGCCGCGAGUGAUGUGCGCCGCCCUGCGCUGCGCCGCGCUGCACAGGCGCUGCUGCACAACGACUUUUUGACUUUUCUUGGCCGGCAGCAGGGCAGCAGGGCUGGCAGCACGCAACGGCAGCCAAGCGCACCCAACGCAAGCGCACGCGCGCGUCGAAGCUUCGAGCGCCUACUCGUCUACUCUGGAGUACUCUACUUUCGCCAACAGCGGCUACGAAGUAGAGCGCUCGAGACGCGCGCCGCUGCCGUGCGCUGCGAUUCGUCGAGUAAGCCGCCUCAACCCUAAGAGAGGUGAGGCGUCGAGGCAAGCCCGGAUGCGUAGCGCGGGUACGAGUAGAGAGUACUCUAGAGCACUUACUCGAGUAAAGAGAGAGUGUGUGAGUGAGCGAGAGCGGGUUAUGAGUCGUUGGCUAACA